CUUACAAAUACAUGAUAUAUGUUAACAAGUCGUAACAGCCAUGAGCUCAAAGAAACUUUCUGCUGUGUUGGAGAAGCAGAUUCGCCGCCUAUGUCUAAAUGACUUUCCAUGUGGAUAUGGCACCUGGAGAAAGAGCAGAGAUAGUACAGAAGAAGCAGGGACGGAGGAGACAGACGCCCUCCUCGACCUGCUGACCUGCCCUCACUCUCCGUGGCGGCUGGAUGAAGCCUGGAGCCCCCAGGCCUCGGCCCUCAGACAGCUGGCUGUGCUCCAACAUGAACGCCUGCAAGCAGACUUCAUCUACAACUACUUUACUACACUUCGCAUUGUGGACAAUGGAGUAUCAGUCAUUGACGAUGGGCUGUUAAAGUUCUCAAAGCUGGAGGAAUUGGUGCUGAGUUCCAACAACAUUUCAGAAAUACCUGCAGAAAACCUACCCAGCACUUUGAAGAUUUUGGAGUUACGUGCCAACCGGCUGUCUGCACUAAACAGUCUCACCCACCGCCUGCCUCCUCACCUAGAGUACCUCGGCCUCGGCUCAAACUGUCUGGGCUCUGAUGAUGAUAUCUGUUAUCUUACAGGAAGACACUGGCCACAGCUAGUAUGUAUGGACCUGAGUCACUGUGAGUUUAAGGACCAGCAGGCCCUGCUGCGCGCUGUGAGCACGCUCCCCUGCCUCAGGACGCUGGUGCUGGAGGGGAACCCCUUCACUCUGGUCCCCUCGUACCCAGGCUUCACUCUGGACAGUCUCCCUCUGCUCUCCUGCCUGGACGCCUCAUGGAUCUCCCCUGAGGAAAGACUUUGCUUUAGAGGCUUGGCCAAGAAGAGUGAUCUGAUAGUGGACCGGGCAUCAGCCACAGUGAGUGUGGGCAGGAUGAGGGGAAUCCCAGACCCGCUGAUGAGUGAGGACGGAAACACUCCUGAUUUCCCUGUCAUCGCUUACAGUUAUUUUGUCACAUACGACUUCCUCAGUCAUCAAACUGUUAACCUGAGUAAUGACAGUGAUUCUAAAUUUGACGCAGCACAUAUAACAGAGGACUGCUUCAGUUCUUCCGGCCUACAAUCCAACAAAAGUUUUGAAAAAGAAUCUUCCAAACCUGACACACAAGCCAUGACAGUGUUUUCUGAGGAAACCUGCCAUGAUAUUGCCCAUGUGACAAGACACAGCACAACAAAGCUGACAUGGUCAGACUGCAUUGACUUCAGUAACACAAAAACACACGUCAUGAGUGAUCUGGGAGGCCUUAAACGAUUCUUCAAUCAAGGCCUUUAUCUGACGAUAGUGGAGGAAAAGGUUCUGUCAUGGCCUGCAGCCUCUGAAGACGUCCCGGGGCCCAAACCCUGCCAGACUGUGAAAGAAAAGAAAGGCGGUAAAGGGAAAGAAUCUCCAAUUAAAUCUGGUUCCACCAAAGAUAAGUCUAAAGACAAAAAGAAGAAAUCUGUGCUAGAGCUGGUGCAGGACGCCUCCAUCCAAAGAACCCUUGGCUCUGUGCACGUCCCGCUGCAGAGCCUGGUGCAGAGAGGAGGGAAGGUGGACGUCCUCUGUGACUUCGGUGCUCUUCACGCUGAGACUGAGGUGGAAGCUGCGCCAACACUUGAAAAGGAUCUGGGAAAGAAACUCAAAGAGGACAAGAAGAAGGAGAAGGAACCAAAGCGGGGAGCGGACAGCGGCUCUAAACAGAAGAAUACAGCAGCUUCAAAAGGCAAAGUAAUGGAAACGAAGGACUGCGAGAUGGAAGUGCAUCUGGAGCCGGUGACCGUGGAGUUAAAGGUGGAGCUGGAGAAAUGGCAGUCUGCGUCUGAAGCUCAUUAUCUCCUUCUCCCACACCAGCACUCAUAAAAACAUGAUUGGCAGCCAGGCUUACUUUCUUAUUUAGAGUUUGACCUACUGUACGCUAUGAACCAGCAGGUUACUGUAGGUUUCAGGCCUAGCUUAGUUUAAGUAUGACAAUAUAUUUAACUUUUCUUACGUUCCUCACUGCGUCCCCUCAUUACUGCUGAUGGUAAAUAUGCAGAUAGUUGAAUAUUUGAUUUGUUUCUCUCAUUCAAGUCACAAAGACAGUAGCCUACUUCAACUGAGAGACAACGCUUUUCAAUACCGAAAUAACAUAACAAUUUUCUGCAAUGAUUAGUCGAACAGCAGGAAAAUAAUUGGCAACUUUCUUGAUAACCGAUUAUUCAAGAAAAUGUGGUCAACUAACAAUCAGCAGAUCAAAGGAUAAGGAAAAUAAUUGGCAAUUGCAGCCCUACUUAUAAACAUAAUUUUAAGAUAAAAGUUGAUGUCACAUUGAAUUUAAACACUAAUACAAGCAAAAGUUCAAUUUGAGCACUAGUCAAGAUCCAAGACACAAUUCUGGUUUAAGUUCAAAUCGAGUAUGAAAGCAUGACAGAUGGUUUGAACCUGCAAGAAGAAAUGUGUCAACAGAAAUGUGUUUUCUUUUCUCACAUCUUCAAAGUUGGCCUUUCAGGUCAGACAUAUUCCUUUGCAUGCACAGUCAAAACGAAAGCAGGACUUUUUGACCUAGAAGUGACAUCCUGUUAGACACUGCAAUGUAAGAAAUUUCCCUGCAAGGUCCGCUGUUUUAUCUAGAGCUCCUCACAAACUGCACAAAGGACAUUUUGCUACAUAUGGGCUUCAACAGGGAUUUCCUGUUAAAGCUAGUUGUACAACACAUGAAUAUAAGAAUACAUUGAAGUUUGCAGAUCUUUCUGCCAUCUGUCCAUGCAUGCUCUCAAAUCUUGACUUGCUUGAAUUCAUUUUGUGCAAACUCUAAUGUUAUGAAAAAAGUCAUUGUAUAGUAUAUUUAAAAAAUAUAUAAAAAUACAACUACAUAUAUAUUAUUAUUUUCAUAACAAUUACUUUAUUUAUAUUUAUUACACAUAUUUAUAUAAAACAAUACAAUCACAACCUUGCAAAGAUUUUUUUAAUCAUAAAACAAGAAACCACAAUUACUGUACAGAUAUGGCAAAGUAAUAUUUAUAUAAAAGACACUCUAAAAUGCAAAAAUUAAGCGUACACAUCACAAUGCAAACAAUAAGGCUGUCAUUUGAAUGUUAAAUAAACCAUUAAAUCAACUUGUAAUGUAAUUACAAUUCAUCAUCAUAGCACAGCUGCGUAUUGUCAUUGUGUGUUUUUGUGCUGCUUGAGUAAAAUAAAAAUAAAUGCUUGAACAGAGAUAUAAGUAAAUCAGGACAUUUUAGACGUAGGCUAUACAAACCAUAAACCUAGAGUAUCUCUCUUUUAAGUGUAAUACAGCAGAAUAGUGUAUUUUGGCAUGAGGUGGCUGCUGUGUAGGCUACUAGGCGGUGUUGCCUUCAGGCAGUCCUCUGUUGCCCAGGAAACACAGAUGGUGGAUGAAGGGUGCGCAUACAAAAGACCCUAAACCUGUGGCAGCAGCUGGAGAGCGAGCCUAAUGAUUAAUUCAGGUCUGUGCGGACCCUCUCACUCAAAGACGUCUCUGUUCGCUCUAAUACCUCCCAUCCAUUUCCUUUGUCCCGGGGCUUCCGUCUCGCACUUUAUCCUGUUUUCCCCGGACUGGUCUGCCGUCAGUGCGCAGCUGUUGUUGGCACUCCCACAUCUGCUCGUCUCGGCAGCCAUGUAGACGAAGCUCUGUUCUUGUGUUAGUCCGUAUCGUGAAGAGGUCCGGGGGGCGAGCUGCCUCUCACUGCGGGCUAACCGCUGCACACACACGGCGUGGAUUUGCAGUAUCUGGCGCUUGGCCCUCAGCAUGGAAGAGGAGGAAGAAAAAGAAGAAGUGAUCUUUUCGCACCGUUUGAUGCUGCGGGACAGGUGCAUGUGGAGACCCGAGAACACUGGUACAACCCCUGUUGUCGGUGUCACUGGAUUCAUCUGCAGAGCUGCUGACAUGUCACCGGUGGGAAACAGGGAGGAUCCACAUGGGAACCAACAACCGGACAGGUUAUGUGUACAGGCUUUAUUAUAUACUUAUUCAGAAAGCAUGAGUCAGGAUAGCUCUUAACGACACACAAUAUCAGAUGAAUAAUUGAAUAGCCUUAGUCAGUCAGUUAGAUAACGGAUACUUUGACUGUUUUAGCAGUGGGUGUACUUCAGUCAGGAACAAUAUAAGAAUAAACAAAUAAUCCCUGGGGUUUCUCAGGAGGACAGUUGAGUUGUGUCCCACUUUUCUGCUGCUUUGUGUUGUGUGUUCCUCUCUAGUUACGUUGACGAAAAAGCAGACCUGGCUUGCUCUGGACAUCGCGAGCGACAUGGCUCCGUCGCCCCUCUGCAGCGCUGCACACACACCGUGACCGAUGCACGGGGCCUUCACUGAUCUUCUGGUCCCUCAGAAGGAGAGGAUCCGUGUCCUCGUGUUCCCCUACUGAGAGACGACUUCCGCAGCUUUUGUGUAUCAGUAAAAAAGGCUUUGAAGAGUUAAAAAUGCCACCAGUGCUUUGUAGUCACUGUCAGCAUGAUCAGAUUUAGCAGGGGUGGUGUUUUGAGUCCAAAAUAAUUUGCUGCAGUGUUCAUUCUUGUUUCUCUCGAAUGUGCCUAUUUUCGAGCUGUGAGUAAUACUAAUAUAGCUUCAUCCACCCCCACUCAUGUUUUUAUUUUUGGCCUGAUAAAAAACACUGCAGCCACUGAACAUCUCACUUGCUUUUUUUUCCUAAGCUGCCGUGUGCAGUGACCUCUUUACUCGUUUUCUCUUUAUUCUGUCCAACACUUCUUCUCUUCUCUUCGUAUUAAAUUCACAAGAAGCAGUGUGUUAUCUUCUCACCAAAGCUUGCAUGUUUCUAUGCCAGAUCCAAAACGGCAAAGCCUUUAAUAAUUUACGGGAAAAAAUCUGCUUCGGUGUGAGAAUGACUCACAUUUUGACAAUAUGUUCUUUGUUUGUCUUGAAACACCCUUAUUAUGUGUGAUGUCAGCUUCUUUUAUUGUACUGUAUUCAGUGCAUAUAAUGCGUAUUUCUGCUGUAGCACGUGGGUGUGUGUGUGGUUGUGUCUGUGCAUGUGCUCUAUUCCUAUGUGUGCAUGUGUCAGUCUGAUGAAACACGUUUGUAAUGGGCCUGAAGCUACUAGCUGCUUUUCAGUGGUUUACAAUCGCUGCACAGACUUUAACAUGCCUGAAAUUCUUCUUUAAACACAAUGGAUGUACCGGACAAAGGAUAAAAAAGUAUUUACAAAUGAUUCUUGGCAUUUGUUACGACAUAUUUGCAGUACCAGUUAGGUGGGGGUUCUUGUGAUUUAGAUAAUUGCAGGAAUGUCGCUGGAAAUUAAUGGUGUGUAGUUUUCGAAAUGGUGUAUGCUAGCGUUAAUUAAACUGUCCCGAUGCCUCCAACCCCAUCAUCUGAUACUCCAGCAAAUUACAGCAAAUGCUAAUAAUUUUGUGCAAAUAGCUUUUUACCCAUGUCUGGAUUAUACUAACAGUAUCUGACUAAUAUCUAACAAUACUAAUAUCUGCUAACAAUCGGGUGAUUACUAACACGUACUCUGAAUGCUCAUGGCUGGCCUUGUUCUUCCUAACUCACUGACUAACCCUCUGCUUUAUGCCCGCAGUCCGAUGCACACACUCCUCUCUCAUGAUCCUGCAAUCCUUCUUCUUGAAAUCAGAUAAAGGGGGAAAAUCAAUGAAAAACUGUUAAAGUGAGCAUGUCAAGAAGGGUUUCAGGACUUGGGAAGAGAAAUGUUAUUAACCAGUAGAUAAAAAGAGGAGCAGAAACAGCUGCGGAUAUCAAACUGGGUUGACCACAUACGUUAGAAGAUUCCUCACAACACUGAUUAUGAUCUGAUUCCCAAAAAUGCAUCGCCACGCUUCACAGGCUAAAUUCACAUCUGCAGAGACGGUCUGUGCGCUGUGUGGUCAACCCUCGCAGGUGAGUGCCUGUAUUGCUGUUACAGCAGGCUUAGCAAACCUCAUACUAACUUAUUAUGGUGUGGAUACUAACUGUGGUGAGGUGAUAAAGGCCCACCGGUUGCUCUUACUAACAUCUGUGUUAUUUCUCACUAAUAAUUCUCUCUAAUCUGUGAUCAAAUGACUUUUGUUAAUCUUUAAUUAUAUAAAAGCAUGCCUCAUGGUUUAAGUGAUUUUUGCUCAAUUAUUUUACACAGAAACUUCUAUCCAAAACAUUUCUGAGUGCCAUGAGUGUAUGCUUUUUAGCAAUGGGAACUAUAUAAUUCUAACCGUGGCGGUGACAUGCUCUACAGAAAUCCUUAUAAACACAAGCUACUAACCUCUAAGUUAUAUUAACAUUUACUAACCAAAGAGCUUUCCUUAGCUCUCUGCAAACUAACAUACUAACCCACUAAUAAACUAAUAACCUAACAAAAACUAACUAAAAACACUCAGAAUUAGUGAAGCGCCCUGAUUUUGAGGAGUUGCAUCACUUACUGAAUGUACUAACGAAAUAAAGUUUCAAAAAGUUGAAUGUGCCUGUCUGUGUGAGAGAGAGCAAAGACAAUAGUGUGUGUGUGUGUGUGUGUGUAUGUGUGUGUGUUCUCUUAAACACUUUACAAUACCAAAGCAUAUUAUCUGUAUAGAGCAGUUAAAUGUAUCCACAGUUUCUCUUUCCACCGAGCACCAGGAUACCUUCAAAAACACACCUUAAAUGUUGAAAUAUAAUGAAUGUAAAGAACAAUCAUUUCAAUGUGCACACCUAUUUUUGUACUUUGACUCUUUAACAGUCGUCUUAGCUGUAUUUCAUUGUAAUAAAAAUGUUCACAUGUUU